AGUCAGAACGGAAUUCGGAAAAUUUGGAACCCACGUCUCCUCUCUCUAGACCUCGAGCGGGAGUCCGGAGCAAUUUGCGAUGGAAUCAGCUACUACAUCUCUUGUAGGCACCAGCAUAUCAACUCCUCGCUGGAAUGUGGAUCGACCUUUCCUUACCGGCCGGUUUCACCAGGAAACAAAAUCCACAUUUCACGAACCUUCCAGUUCUGGAGUGGAUAAGGCAAUAUGUUGCUACCAUGCUGCCAUUCAGGAACUGAUUGUUAUUGAUGAUCUUUUGUCUUCGUUGGUUGGGAUUGAAGGACGCUAUAUUUCAAUUAAAAGAGCCCGAGGGAAGGAAGAUAGUAUAUCUUUUCAGGUUGAUGCGUCUAUGGAUCUUGCACUCCAGGAAUCUUCAAAAAGGCUGUUCCCCUUAUGCGAGAGUUAUUUGCUGAUCAACCAAUUUAUUGAGACAAGAUCGCAGUUCAAAACUGGCUUAGUUAAUCAUGCCCUUGCAGCUGCUCUAAGAUCACUUCUUCUGGAUUAUCAUGCCAUGGUGGCUCAGCUCGAGCAUCAGUUUCGUUUAGGAAAGCUUUCUAUUCAAGGAUUAUGGUUCUAUUGUCAGCCAAUGAUGGGUUCAAUGCAAGCUUUGUCCACUGUGGUGAAAAAGGCUUCUUGCAGUAAUAUCUUGGGUUCAGCUGUCAUUAAUCUCUUGCAAAGCCAGGCCAAGGCCAUGUCCGGUGAUCAUGUAGUCAGGUCUUUGCUGGAAAAGAUGUUGCAGUCAGCAAGCAGUGCAUAUCUUGGGAUACUCGAAAGGUGGGUGUAUGAAGGAAAGAUUGAUGACCCGUAUGGAGAAUUUUUUAUUGCUGAGAACAAGUCUCUUCUUAAGGAGAGUCUCACUCAAGAUUAUGAUGCCAAGUAUUGGCAACUGCGUUACACCCUCAAGGGUGAUAUUCCAAGCUUUAUAGCAAAUGCUGCUGAAACAAUUUUAACCACAGGAAAAUAUUUGAAUGUCAUGAGAGAGUGUGGACACAGUAUUCAGGUCCCAGUGGCAGAAAAUUCAAAGUUGACCAGUGUUAGCUCAAACCACCAUUAUCUUGAGUGCAUCAAGGCUGCUUAUGAUUUUGCCAGUGGUGAGUUACUAAACCUAGUUAAAGAGAAGUAUGAUCUUAUGGCAAAGUUGCGGUCUAUCAAGCACUACCUCCUCCUUGAUCAGGGUGAUUUCUUGGUUCACUUCAUGGAUAUAGCCAAAGAGGAGCUCAUGAAGAAGCCAGAUGAGAUUUCAGUGGAGAAGCUUCAGUCUCUUUUGGAUCUUGCCUUGCGAACCACAGCUGCUGCUGCUGACCCAUGCCAUGAGGACUUGUCAUGUUGUGUGGAGAGAACAACUUUGCUAAAAAGGUUGAGUAUGCUAAAAGAUCUUGAAGUUAAUCAGCUUGUUUCAGACAGCCAUAAUUUAGAUGAACCAGUGAGCAUCACUGGCUUGGAAACAUUUUCUUUGAACUACAAGGUUCAAUGGCCUUUGUCCCUUGUAAUUUCAAGGAAGGCUUUGACAAAGUACCAGCUAAUAUUUCGCUUUCUAUUUCACUGUAAACAUGUUGACCGGCAGCUCUCUGGGGCAUGGCAAGUACAUCAAGGUUUCCGGAAACUUGAUAUGCAUGGCAUGGCAAUCUCUGUAUCAUCAUUACUAUGUCGCAAUAUGCUAAAGUUUAUUAACAGCCUCCUACACUACCUUACAUCUGAGGUUAUCGAGCCUAAUUGGCAUGUGAUGCAGAACAGACUUCAAACCGCAAAAAGCAUUGAUGAGGUAAUACACUACCACGAUUUUUUCCUUGACAAGUGUCUGAGGGAAUGCUUGCUUCUUUCACCCUCUAUUCUGAAGAAGGUCGAGCGUUUAAAAGAAAUAUGCCUACAGUAUGCAGCAGCUACACAACGGUUAAUUACUGCUGCCUUUGAGGUUCCCAUGGCUCCUCAGAUGGAAAAGUUUAACCGUUUAAAACUAAGAACCAAAUCACAGAUGCUGAAGCCAGCAACAGAAGAUUCCACAGUAUUUGGAUCCAUUAUGAAGUUUGAGAGGGAAUUCACAGCCGAGCUUCAGAGCUUAGGACCAAUUUUUAGCAGUGGGUCUCGCGCAGAGCCAUAUUUAACUCAUCUUGCACAGUGGAUACUUGGGGUAGGAAAUGACCAAUAAGUUGCAUUGUUUUUUUGUUUUUGUUUUUCUGAUUACUAAUUCUUUCGCCAUUCAUGUUGAAUUGGUUAGAGCAACUCCAAUGGGAGGGGUAUGUGAAAGGGUAAAGAGAAAUAAUUGUGAUGUAUACCUCUUUUCAUUAAAAAUCAUUCUCCAAUAGGAGAGGUAAAUAAGGAGGCAUUAUAACUUCUUCAAUUUUGAAGAGGUAUCUUUACCUUCUUCAUUUGGGGAGGUAUAUAAACUUUUCCUUCCUUUUAAAUUCAUUUAAUCAAUUACUUUAGUUAUU